AUGCAAGGAGACCUUUCAAUGGGGAAUGAAGCUGUUAAGAGGUUCACUUGGGUCUUUAAGGAUUUCUCCUCUUUGCAAUCCGAGUUUAUUGAAUCUGAUCACUUCGUGAUAAGUGGCUGCAAAUGGUGGCUUGUGGCUUAUUACAGGGAUCGUCGCACAAAACAUUUGUCUCUGUUUCUGAUCAGUUCUAUCUUUCGUAAUUUCACAGAAACUCAGCUCUGGUUAGAUCAAAAGGUUCCUUUCAAGUGUUAUCCAGAAUUGAUUCCCCUUACCAAACUUCAUGCAAAAGAUGGUGGAUUCCUUGUGAACAAUGAAGUCAAGAUUGUCGCCGAGGUUGAGGUUCUUGAAGUCAUUAACAAAUUAGAUGUAUCAGUAAAAUCUCAAGAGGUUACCCAACCUCGGAAAAAGACAAAGCUAAACGAUGAUGGUGAUGUGUCUAGUCAUUUGCACACGGAAACUUCAUCAGUAAGGGGAACCAUUGAUGUCAAUGGGUUUCAAGCGGAAUCUGUGAAACGUAUAUUCGAAAGACACCCAGAGAUUGCAUCAGAAUGCCGAAUAAAGAACCAAGAUCUGAGAACAUCAUACAUGAAUGUCCUCCUCAGCAUAAUCAAGAUGCUCUUCAAAUCGCCUCAGGACGCCUCAAUGGAUGAUCUGUCUCAUGUAGAAGCUGCUCUGGCAUACAUGAAAAAUGUAGGGUUUAAGUUGGAUUGGUUGGAGAAGAAACUUGAUCAAGUCAAAGAAAACAAGAAGAAAUGUGCCCGGGUGUGA